UGAGGAAGAUCCCUACUAUCUUUUAGAUCAUUCCCCUUCUUUUUGCUUCUCUCUCUAAAUCUCUUGAAUGGGGAAAUGGGUCUUAUAUUUAUAGGCAUCAAAUGAGCGGGAAAAGUUUGUGCGGGAUAUGCGCGAAAUUUUCAAUGGAUUCCGAAGCGAAAUUUUCAUUUCCCGCUCGAUUAAGCUUCGCAGUUUUCGAAGUUUCGCUCCCUUAACCAUGAACAAAAACGAAAACCCUCAGAACAUGACUAAGUGCUGAAAGGCGGAAGAGCAGUAGGAAGAGUCCAAAAGGCAUGGUCAUCGACGAUGAAUAAUCCCUUCGCGAAAACAAUCUGUUCAAUCUGCUACGAAGAUCUCAAACCUAUCGUCGAGGAUCUUCAAGUGAUCUCCAUCUGCGGCCAUGUAUUCCACGAACUUUGCUUGCAGCAAUGGUUCGGGUACUGUUCCGGCAGAAAGAAGUGUACCUGCCCUGUCUGCAAGCAGAGUUGCAAAGCCGCCAACGUGUCGCGGCUGUAUUUCCAGUCACUGGGAGACCCUGCCGAUCACUGUGCGUCGCAGUGCGAGGAGAAACAGGCCGAUCCCAAGUUGCUUGGGGGAGAGAUUGUGAGAUUGGAGGCGAAGGUUCAGGGGCUCAACUCCACUGUGGAUUGCCAGGGGAAAGAAAUUCAGCGGCUUAAUGGCGAGUUGUAUGACUGCAACGAGCAAUUGAAGGCUGAGCUCUUGUUAAAGAAUGAAGUGGUGAAACAAAAAGCAUCAGUUCAGGAGAUGCUUCGUUUUAAGUCUCAGGAGCUUGAUGUGCUGAAGAAAGACCAUUUGAAGUUACAAGAUAAGAGCAUGGCAUUGGCCAAAGAACUUGCAGCACUGAAACUGGCAUCAGACCUGAAUCUGGAGGAAGAUGAAGUUUUAAAGCUUGCUUCCUUUGGUAACGAGGCCAAUGCUAAAGAUACUAUUGACAUUCUACGGAAGUCCUUGGUGUCCCGCAACAAGAGCUACCAAGAGUUAUUGGCCAAGUGCAACCAGCUUGGAAGGGGAGAGGCUCGUUCUUCCAAAAAUCUGGAGAAAGCAAAAGAAAAGAUAAUUAGGUUGAAGACUAGGAUCCAGGAACUGGUGACGGCAGUUGAACUAAAGGAAAAUCAAGCUUUAAGGCUCUUAAAGACUUCAAAGGACACAAACUCCAUGAAGAAAAUUCCAGGUGGACUUAGUGAUAAAUUGGAUACCCCUACUUCUGGCAUUUUUAGACCUGGAAAUCAAAAGGAACAAGUUUCCUCCACAUCUCUGGAUUGCUUGGUUCGGACUGCAAGUUCAAUUGGCGAUGCAAGAGUGCCUUUUUCCAUCAAUGAUCAUGGUUCAAAUUUUACUGACGAGCCUUCAAGGAAUCAGGCUUGUGAUAAGCAAAGAAACAAUUGCAUUAUCAUAGACGAGGGUGAUCAAGAUCUUGAUUUGGAUCAUCCAACUGGAAAACAACAAACCGAAGAGCAACCAGUGGAUAAUGCAGGAAGUGGAACCAAUAGAAGUAAGGAUACUGCCAGCCCAGCUGCUGCUGCUCAGGAAGCCUCCUUUUCUAUCGGUGGUAACGUUGAUGUUUGGCCCGCACUGAAUAUAAGAAAGGAGUUGCCGUCCUCAGUUUCUUUUUCAAAACCAGCAGAUAUAUGUUUCUCAAGUGGAUUACUGGGUCCUGAUGGAACAACUCGGUAUCUUGGGAAGUGGUGUAAACGUGACCAAAGCAAGCAGUCGGCCGGGCAGAAACCAAGCACAAACAGUGGAGACUUGAUUGCUGUUGGAGCUGACGGAAGGGGUGGGAGAGUGAAAGUUUUAAGACCUCUGAAUCAAGCCCUCAUGUUUUGUCUCAUCUUGUAGUCAACUGCAUUCGGCCUCCAAUUUCUUGGCCAUUUCAACAAUGACAUUAAUAAGCUUAUACUUACACUCAGUCCUGAAAGAAAUGUGGUGAUACGUGCAUACCUCUUAACAUGCUCGGCUUUGUUCUGUUUUCUCAUGCGGCUCCAUGCUUCAUCUAUUUAUCGAGUUUAGUUAACUGUAUAUUCAGGGUGGCUCAGAGAGUUCCAUGCCCGCAAAAAGGUGCAAGUUAGGAACCAAAACGACUACUUUGCAGUCUCAGGGAUGUUUGCAGAUCGAACACUUUUUUGGGAAGGCCAAGCAGUAGUCAGGUUAAAAGAAACCAAGAUCAAAAUUUUGGCGCCGAAUCUCGGGUUCCUUUUGUUUGUCGACCACGUUCUUCCUGGAUGCUGCCACCAUAGUAGGAUGAUCAAGUUGCUGAUGCAAUGCAUGACGGUUUCGGUUUUACUACCAUGCAGCAGAGGGCCUAUUUCAAACCGACGACUUGUCACGGUCGCAGCCGGCAGCAGUAAGCAUAUUCUCUGGUCGGUUAAAAUCCCAGUGUGCUUGGGCAAUGAAUGUUAAUAUCCUUGGACAAAUCAAACUAUGUAAAAGAAAUCGUACGACUCUUUGUCCAUGAACUAAGAGACAGGCCAACAGACCGGACUACUUUUGCUCCCCGCAGGUGAUCCCUGUAAAUAUAAUGAUGAGCAGUGUCCCGUUGCGUUGGUAAGAAAAGAAAGCCGGAAAAAGAAAGAAACCUUUGUCUGAAUGGCACCAGCUCUAUCAUAUGAAACAACCGUAGGAAAAGUUACACUGGAAAAGUUAAUGAUAAUGUUUUCAUAUCAAAAUUGUGAUUGAACUGUUUUGUAUGAUUAAAA